AUGCCAACAUCCCAACCAGAGCAGGUCUCGGAAAAACUCUCCUUUGAUUCUUCCCAAUCUCAUACACCAAGAUACUCUUCAGAUGAUGAUGAACUCUCUCCAUGGCCACGUUUAAAUGAAUCUUCAUCUUUAAUAAAAACAACAACACCAUCAUCAACAACAACAACUUUUUCUUCUUCUUCCUCUCCUAAUCAUCAUUACUCAUCCCCUCCACCUACUACUACCCAUUACCAAAAAAUCCUUCAACUCCAAUUAGCAAAAGAAAAUGAUUUAAGGUCCCGCUCAAAUUCCGCAUUAUCAACUUUCUCAGAUUCAACCCUUCUACCUUAUUACCCACACAUAACACCUCAAAACCCUACCUUUUCUGCAAGAAUAAAACAUCUCCUACUAAAACUAUCACAUGAAAUUGUUAAAUUAUCUCGUUCAAAACUUUUCCUUCCUGUCGUCAUUGUUUAUACUCUCCUUCUUCUUCUAUUUUAUACUCACCCUUCUAUCUUACCACCUUCAAAUGAUACUUUCCCCCUAUCUGAAUAUUCCCAAGAUAGAGGUAUUCGUCGUAUCGCUUCCCUCGGCUCAAACUAUGCAUUUUCUUGGGCUGAUUGGAAAAACAUUUCUGACCAAUACCUCCCAGCACAAGGUUCCCCUACUAAAUUCGCUACCUCCCAUGGUGAAGAUAUCCCAUUUGUCCUUCCACUAGUAGGUUCUGCAGGAACAGCGGAAGAUAUGAGAUGGCUUGCCCAUAUGUAUCUUGCUUUCCAUGCCCCGGCUCCUGCAAAAAUCCUUUUCCUUGACCCUCCAUCUCAAUUUGAUAUUCCUGAAUCAGUCAUGGAACGUGCAGAAAUUAUUCCAGCUGUUCCUGACUUGGGUCCCAUUCUGGCUGAUACUUCAGUUGCACCUGAAAAACGGAGCUUAGAAGAAGAAUCAGCAUCUUCAUCUUCAUCUUCAUCAGCAUCUGCAUCUUCUUCUGCAUCAACAUCUCAUUUUCCUCCUCUUCCUAAACUUAAUAAUAACAAUAAUAACACAUCUAAUAUCCCAAUAGGUGCAAACACAAUCUUUCAAACCUCUCUUAAAUAUGCAUCCAAAAUGAUUCCUCAUUUUGACCGUUUUGGUGGUGCAGUGUGGCCUCGCCUCAAGUCCUCAACUCUAGUUCUUACACCUAAAUCUCAAUGCAAAUCCCUUCCUCCACGCCGCAUGAUUUUACCCCCUACUCCUCCAGUCACUACUACUAAUCAACCUUCUUCGCUUAUUUCUAAACUUAAAUCUCGCUUGAUUAAAAAAAAGAAAACAAAAGAUUUUACUCAAACAUGUUUGCCCACAGAAGAUGAAUACACACGAAGAGUUAAUAAUGAAAUCCAUCAGGAAUCUCUUCUUCCUCCUAUUUAUGAUGAACUUAAAUCACCUCACCGACAUUCUCCAGCAAAUUUGGCCCAAGCUUUGACUGUUACUGCCCAACGUGUACUUCUUGCUGACCCUAACACCAAGGAAAACUUUUAUUAUAAUGCAACUUCUCAUAUCUCAACUGAUCCAAAUCAAACUCUAGAACAAAUGGUCCAUGGCCAACGUAUUGCAUCAACCCUUGCUGUUAUUGACAAAACACCUAAAUUUUUCCAUGAAGCUGUUGUACGUCGUGGGUCUAUGGUAUAUUACCGUCAUAUGGAUUGGCGGUUUUUUAACCAUGAAAUGCGUGGUGAUGAAAAUACUCAAGCUAUGCAUCGUCUAUUCCGUGCAUGGUCCAGGUUUGCUGAACAAGAGGGAGUUCUCUUUUGGUUAGCUCAUGGUACACUCCUUGGAUGGUAUUGGAACGGUCUUUCAAUGCCAUUUGAUAUUGAUAUGGAUCUCCAAAUGCCUGUUCGUGAAUUGGACCGCAUCGCUCGCAAGUAUAAUAAUACAUUGAUUGUUGAGACGCCGGCCCAUCAUGGAGAUUCUUCUGGUAGGUACCUUUUGGAGGUUGCACCUUCAUAUAUUGAACGUGAGAGUGGUAAUAGAAAUAAUUUGAUUGAUGCCCGGUUUAUUGAUACCGCUACUGGUGUUUACAUUGACUUGACUGGUGUGGCUAGACAUCCUAGCCAACCAGAUGGCUGGUUUGCAUGCAAAAAUAACCAUUUUUAUAAAAUCUCAGAUUUAUACCCCCUGCGCCGCACGUUAUUCCAAGGUGCUCCUGCUUAUGUACCCUCUUCCUAUGAACACAUUUUACAAGAGGAGUACCAGAAUUGGAGCAAACCUGAAUUUGAAGAUCACGCUUUUGAUGCAGACCUUCAGCUUUGGGUACCUUUAGCAGCUUGUCGUGAUAAAAUUGCAGAUACUGUUCCAGGUGCUCCUUCUCGCAGUUGGGCUGAUGCAGAGGAUGGUCUUGAACGGUUUUGUGGUUCAGCUACACUCCAACGGCUUUGGCAAAAAUCACACCGAUUGACUGAUAUGCAUCGUAGAGAAAUGGCUCUGGAACGUGCAGUGCGGGAACUUCGGGUUAUAGGUGACUCAGAGCGGGCACGUCUUGCUCGGUUUGCAGUUCGCCAAAGCGGCGUUUAUGAGUGA